GCACACACAGAUGUCCGAGGGCCCCCUGGGGGUGGAUGGAUGUGAUUGGAGCCGCCCUGGGGUGUGGCAGCCCCAGCCGUGCCUUUAAAAGCAGGGCUGAGCUGGGGUGAUCCUGGAGAGAGAAUCCCACUGGGACACCCACUGAGACUCCCAGGACACCCCCAGGACACCCUGCUGAGCCUCAGAACCCACAGCCAUGAAGGUGUCCCUGUGCCUGUGCCUCAUCCUGGCCCUCGCCGUGGCCCCCAGCCUGUGCCGGCCCCCAGCUGCCUUGGGGGACCCCCAGGAGCCCCCCCCGAGCCUGGCCCGCCGGGAAUGGCCCCAGCAGCUGUCCCAGGAGCAGCAGCACCUCCUGUCCCAGUUCCUGCCCCACGUCCUCACAGAGCUGAACAAGCACAAGGCCUUUGUGCAUGAGGACGAGGGGCUGGAGGCUCUGCACGACCACUUCUACCCCGACUGGAUGGACUUUGGCCGCCGCAGCGCUGAGGAUGAGGAUGGUGCUGUGUAGCUGCUAGGCUGGGCUGGCUGGGCAGGGCAGUGCCACACUCAGGGCUUGUCCUUUCCCUCAAUAAAACUCUGGCACCACGGCUUCUGCACUCCUGCAUGUGCUGGGGAGAGCUUGGGAAGGUGGGCAGGGGGAUUUGCCCCCCAGCCCCAAAGGGCAGAAGGGAUUUGCCCCCAGUUCCAGAGGGCAGAGGGGAUUUCCUCUAAGCCCCAGAGGGGA